AUGGAGCCGUACCAGUACCAGCCGAUCCGGGAAGCCAACACGGUGAGGAUGCUGACCCUGUCUGCCGGUCUUCCAAACGAUCCCCUGAGUGGCUUCCUCAACGAGUUCAACAUGGACCGCGCAGCCCACGAGGCCUAUGAGCCCCUGUCUUAUGUCUGGAGUUCGCCCAUCUUCGACCACACCUUCAUUUGCGACGGAAAGCGGUUAGCCAUCACGACGAGUCUCAACUCCGGGCUGCGCCGUAUUCGCAUGCCCGACAGGGACCGGCACGUGUGGGUUGACCAGAUCUGCAUCAACCAAAAAGAUGCAGCCGAAAGAGGAAGCCAGGUUCAGUACAUGAACGCCAUAUACAAGCAAGCAAGCCGAGUUCUCGUGUGGCUGGGCCCGGAUACGGGGCACGAAGCCGACGCGGCCUUCUCCUUUGUCAGAUCGCUGUCCGAAACGCUUAGCGAUGCCGACCGAUACGCUCAGUUCAGGGCCGGCCACACGAGCGAGAUGCUAACUCAGCGAAGUGAAGAGGAGUGGGCGUCGGUGAAGGUACUGACGCAGCUGCCAUGGUUCGAGAGGGUGUGGAUCAUACAGGAAAUUGGAACCAGGGCGCCGGCGACGCUCUUCUGGGGGGAUGCAUCGAUGGAUUGGUACACGCUGUAUAGUGUGUGCGACAGGCUAACAGAGUUCCACCAUCUGCGCCGCCAUUUCGACAUCGAGACGUCCAAAGUAAAGUUUGUCUUUCAGCGCUUCGUGCCGCCCGAUGUUGCCACCCGGCACGCCAACCGCCUGAGCUUCAUCUACGAGCUGCACCGAGCGCGCCAUGUCAAGGCGACUGACCCGCGGGACCGUGUCUUCGCCUUCUUGGGACACUACUCGGUGACCGGCAGAGAGCUGCGCGGACUCCAGGCGAACUACGACGCCAAGACCGGCACGCUCCCCAACGUGUACUGGGAUGCGGCCAGUCGUGCCCUGGAGGGGGGUGGUGCAGACUCCGGACUCAUCACCCUCGCGGCGGUCCAGCACCAUGAGCUUGCGUCCUCCCUUACCGACUGGCGCAAGCGUCGGGACAAGGCAGGCGACCGCGACUACAUGCCGUCGUGGGUCCCCGACUGGCGCACCUACACGUCGCACAUCCUCUCGGAGCCGACCUCACCCCACCGCGCGUGCGGCACGGGCAGCCUCUCGAAGCCGUCCUUCGUCGUCGACGGGAAGUCGCUCCGUAUCAAGGGUGUUGCCAUCGAUGUUGUCACAGAGGCCUCGGCGCCGCUGAAAUCCAAGGCCUUCCACAAGGUCGAACCGGGCAAGCAGACCCUCAUCGAACAACUGUGGCGUACAGUGUGUGGGUACGGAGUAGAUGCCGGCGGCGAUGGCGGCGGCCACCUGUUCUCUCUGCACUCGUCAGGACGGCGCGAGCAAGAAUCCCGUGAGGAUUUCUUCCGGUCGAUUUCCGAUAGCCAAUGGCUUGCCCAGGGUGCCGCCUACCUAACACGCACCAUGGCAGCGGCGGGUGACGUCGAGGCCAUGAGUCCCGAAUUGCAGUCGCUGGCGACGUCGGAAGGCGGGGGGCUCGAUGAUGCCGAGUGGUCGCGCUCGGCCAACGGCGCGUCGAGCGGCCGGGUUUUCGCGCGCACUAUAAAGGGUUAUUUCGUGCUUGGGCCCAAAGUGAUGGCCAAAGGCGACCGCAUCUGCGUGCUCUGGGGGGGCAAAAUGUGCUUUUGCCUGCGGCCACUGGACCAAGGCAGAUUCCUGCUCGUGGGAGAGUGCUACGUGCACGAGCUGAUGAAUGGGGAGGCUAUCCGCCAGGUGGAGAAGAAUGAGCUGCAGGAAGAGGAGUUUGUGCUGGUCUGA